AUGAAUUGGACAUAUAAGAGCGGCCUCUGUGAAAAGUACCCCCCCAUUUAUGAUAUCAACGCCAUCUUCAAAGAUAUCAGCAAGAAAGCUCUGAAGCUUGGUUUCAAAGAUGUCAUCAAUCAGUUAGGGGGUCAAAAGCUCAAAGUGGCCACAAUGUGCUCUGGCACUGAGAGUCCACUUCUAGCUUUAGAGCUUGUCACAGAAAGUUUGAAGAACAUCGGACUCCGGUUCCAGAUAGAUCAUUUAUUCAGUGCCGAAAUCGUUCCGUUCAAACAAGCCUAUAUUGAGCGAAACUUUAGCCCGCCAAUCAUUUUUCGAGAUAUCAUGGAGAUGGUCGCCGAACAAGAAGCCACCACCGCAUAUGGUGCAAAGGUUCCUAUCCCAGGGGGUGUCGAUCUUCUCGUCGCUGGAUCAUCCUGCGUCGACUACUCCACGUUGAACAGCAACCCUAACGGUAGAGGGGCCGAACCUGGCGAGUCGAAAGAUACGCUUCGUGCGGUUGUUCAUUAUGCCAAGAUAUGGCGCCCAAAGCUGAUUGUUUUGGAGAAUGUGAUUUCUGCACCUUGGAGCCAAAUGGAAAAACAGUUUGCCGAUGCAGGCUAUUCCACAAAGUAUAUCAAAUUGGACACCAAGCAAUACUACAUCCCCCACACUAGGCAAAGAGGAUACAUGAUUUGUAUCGACAACUCCCUAGGGCCGAGGGUCAGUGGUGCAGUACAGAAAUGGGUCACGCUCAUGAAGAACUUUGAGCGACAAGCAAGCUCACCAGUGGAAGCAUUUUUGCUGCCCGAUGAUGACCCGAGGGUCCAACGCGGAAGAACUGAAUUGUCAAAGGACAUCGCGCGCAGUGACGGUCGAGCAAACAAAGAAGUUGACUGGACAAUCUGCCAAGGAAGGCACAUGACGUACCGCGAGAUCAAUUCUCUGGGAACCAGGAGGCCAGUCACUGGAUGGCAGGACAAUGGCUCUUGCCGACUGCCUGACUAUAUGUGGGCCGAUUGGGGGAAAGCUCAGGUAGAGAGGAUCUGGGAUACGUUGGACAUCGCAUUUCUCCGAAAUGCUAGACGAUCCUAUGAUUCCAUGUACAAGACACGAGUUUGGGAGCUGUCUCAAAAUGUAGAUCGCUUUACGGAUACCACGCCCUUUGGUAUCACCAAUUGUGUAACUCCGACCGGUGCUCCGUUCAUUACGACGCGUGGCGGUCCUAUGGUAGGGCUUGAAGUAUUGGCUAUGCAGGGUCUCCCUUUUGACCGACUGCUUCUCACUCGGGAAAAUCAGAGGCAGCUUCAAGACCUUGCAGGAAAUGCAAUGAGUACCACAGUCGUCGGCUCAGCCAUGCUUGCCGCGUUGAUUGCAUCUUCCAGAUACUUGGACCAUGGCGGUGUCGAUGUCCCUAAUGUUGAAGAAAUGCCUGUUCGACUUUUUCCCAUUGGCGGAGAUAAAUAUUUGUCAAGUAAAGGCGUCAAGCUUGCGCGCUUCGAGAGACCUGGCAUGGAUGCCAUUCGUUCUCGUGCAGAACGCAGUGCGCGCCUGUGCCUCUGCGAAGGAAGAGAAACGAUGACGUCUAAACGAUUGCAGCGUUGCAUUGACUGCGGACAUUCCACUUGCCAAGCUUGUGGUGGUGUGCCGUCUCACCAGUAUUGCCUUGUUACGGAGGACGAAUCAAAGUUGCGCCUGAGUCCUAUGAGCUUUGAGACCGAGCUCAAAAAUUCUCUGCCCAUGAGUCUCAAGUUGACCGGGUUGACAAUUGAUACUCUAAAAAGCUUAGAGUCCAAUUUUGUUGAAGCCGGAAAGGAGGCUAAAUGGACUCUAUUCGAGAAAGCUAUAUCCCCCGCUUUGGCCGUAGAGUUCCAUUACCAGUCAGUCAUUCGCGCAGAUAUCUGGACUGUCAGAUACGAUGCACCAACGGCGUUUUUGGAACUUGUUAUUUGUAAAGACCAAGUUGAAUGGCGCGCUUAUGCCAAACCUGCCGAAAAGGAACCGGCUAACAGCCCCAUAAGAGCCCUAGUACAGUAUCCUUUUGCGCGAAUGCAGCCAAAGGGUCAGGACUUCUUGACCGGCAAAUGGCAAAUUUGUUUGCCCAUCAGUCCGAAAUUUGAAAUAAUAUUCAAAGGCAUCGGAGAACGGGUACCAGCCUGGGAAGCGUGGCUUGGUCUCAAGGAGGAUCGAUAUGCCAAGAGACAUGUUUGGUCGUCGUACGAAGUCUCGCUUGGGCAAGAAGACUUAGCGCUCUUGGGGCGUGACAUUUCUGGAACCUACGUUUCGCUGCCAAACUGUGGGAAAGCAGCAAACAGUCUUCAUAAGAAAGUUAGCAACGACGGUUCACGACCAGUCUUCUUGUUUCUUGAUCCUUCUAGAUAUGGCGAUCCAAAACAGGACUGCUUUGUUUUUUCCGAGGACAUUCGACGACUGAAUUUUGGCGAAUCGCGCGUUACACUUGCAAAACUGAGUGCCAAUUGGCGGCCGUCUGACGCAAAAGUUUCUGAAAAGAUUUCGGCCUCCGUCAUUGGAAAAUGGGUGGACUUCCAAAGUGCUACUCUGGAAGCAAUUUCAAAAGCAAUCGCUGUGUUCGCUUCCCCAGAACAGGCGCCCACUGUUUAUCUUCAGGAGAAAUCAUGCCAUGCAGCAAACAUGAUCCUGAGCUUAAGGGUGUGGGGUGAUGCCAUUGGAAAUUUGCCUUGGAAGUUAAACGAAUGGACCGAAAUCAGCGCCAUUGACCAACAGUCUUUCUUUGCUUCAUUUUCUUGGUUAACUGAGCGCUCAAAGUCGAUUCCGUGCCUCCAUUCUUGGAACACACUCGCUCCCCAUGCAGGGCUAGGAGACUGCGCCAGCUGUGCGCCAAUGCCGCCAUCCGUGAGAUGGAGGCUGGAGAAGGAUACUUUCAAGCCCUAUGAAGAUCCUCAAAAAGCCGGACCAUAUGAGCGAGCUCUCAAGCAUCGACCGCAUCCUUUCGUCAUUCAGGUAAAACUUGAAGGCAAGGAAUGUCUCUUAAUCCGCAUUGGCCUCAACAUAUCGUCCCUUGUUCAUAGGGCUGCCGCAACUCUUCAACGGCAACUGUCUGCUACCGAGCUGACAUGUGCGUGGAGACUGACAACAGGCUUUUCUCAGCCCCCAAAGUGCUCUAUGCCGAAGUUUGUCCUGAAAAGUAAUCGUGCAGAUCCACAUUCCGCACGGCCACCUCGCUUCAAAUUUGAGCUUCGCCCGGAGCAGCUGAGGUCACUCGCAUGGAUGGCCUCUCAAGAAAAUGACCCGCAGCCAUUUGAGGAGGAAGAGAUAGAAGAGGCCCUUCUUCCCAACUUGAAAUGGCGUGCCGAAGCAAGAGUUGGGAGGCUGAAAGAAGUGAGGGGUGGAGUCAUAGCAGAUCAAGUUGGCUAUGGCAAAACUGCCAUCUCGCUCGGGCUUUUUGACAUGCAGUACGAAGCAGACCAGCAGCUGCCUAUUCCGGAUCUGAAAGGGAAAAUUCCCGUCAAGGCCACCUUGAUUGUUGUACCUCAGCAUCUGACCAAUCAGUGGCAUGACGAGAUAUACAAAUUCCUGGGCACUUCGUACAAGGUAAUCGUGAUCAAAACGCAAAUAGCCCUCUUGAAUGUCAAAUUCCGAGAUCUUUUGCUAGCCGACUUGAUCGUCGUUCCGUGGGCUCUUCUUAACAAUGACACUUAUCUAAGCAAGUUGGCUUAUCUGGCUGCGUUGCCGGAGAAGCCAGCUAGUACCGGUCGUGCCUUUGAUGCUUGGUAUAGCUAUGCCCUGGAACGUGUAGCAGCUCAUGUGGAGGAGCUGAAAGAUAAAUCUCCGCAAUCUUUAAAAGUCAUUCUCGGAGAGAAACUAGCUGCGACCAAGGCUGACGAACAGCUGACAUAUACCGUCCCAUCGAAAAGGCUACGGGGUAAAGCCUAUCGGCACAAGAAACUGGCAGAAGCAGCGGAGGCCGCAGCAGCAGCCACCAUACCCUCUGAAUCAGAGGCAUCGGGAAAGAAGCGAAAGGCUCGCCGUGGUGAAUCGAAAAAGGGAGAUGCUGAAAUGCGUGAUUAUUCCGAGGGAGACAUCUCGGGCACCGACAUUGCUCUUCCAAAGCUCCGUAGGCGCACUGAAGAUCCGUUCGGGUUGAGCCACGUCAUUGAUUGGAAGAACCUGCGUUGUCCUUUACUCCAAAUGUUUCACUUUCAUCGCAUCAUUAUUGAUGAAUUUAGUUAUUUGGACGGGAGAAAUCAUACCUGUGUUCGAAGCUUGUCAUCUAAUAUCCGCUGGAUCCUUUCAGGGACUCCCCCGUUAGAUGACUUUGUUGACAUCAAAUCGAUUGCGAGUUUUCUCAAUAUCAAUCUUGGAGUUGACGAUGCGGGCGACUUUGUUAGACGUGGCAGAUUUGGCAGGGAAUUAACAGAAGCGGAGAAGUUUCAUGCCUUUCGAGAAAGCAAAUCAACCGCAUGGCACUUGCACCGACAAGUGGUGGCUCAGAAAUUCCUUGACAUGUUUGUGCGCCAGAAUGUGGCUGAGAUUGAUGAAAUCCCCUCCGUUGUUCACUUACGACCAGUUACGCUUCCUGCUGCUGAACGAGCAAUAUAUCUGGAGCUGCAGACCUAUUUGCUUGCUCAAGACAUGAAACUUCGCCGAGGACAAGCGAAAGCUCAGAGUGAUCGUGAAAAGCGCCUGCUUGAGGCUUUGGGGGACAGCAAGACAGCGGAAGAGGCACUCAUCAAACGUUGCUCGCACUUUACUCUUGAGGAUCUUCAAGAAGGUCACGAAAAUGCCGCGCAAGCUUGUACGGUCAUUAUUGCGGAACGCAAAAGGCAGUAUCUGGACCUGCUUGAUGAUUUGAAGAGCCACUUGAAACACGCCAUUUGGCUGCGGCACAAAUGUAAGGAUGCGAACGGACAAGUGCAUGACGCUCAUUAUGCCGCUUGGGUGCAGACAGUCAAGACCAACCAGUUCGGCGAUGAUGGCGCCACGGAUAUCUUGCGAGAGCUCAUUGAGGAAUCGAAGCGAGGUUACAGCCCGGAAGAUGAGCAUUUGUUCUAUAAAGUUUCGACGACGGACCCGGGAAAAGGCAAUGAGAGUUUCGAUAAGCCGGUGACUAAGAAGUCCCUGAAACCUAGCUCGCGGCACACCAAGCUCGGAGCAGGCUUUAAACGUCGUCAGAUAGCCCCCCGUAUCUCUUCCAGUUCAGCUGAUGGGAACUCUGCAACGGACAACAGCAGCGACAAUGCUGAGGAUCUAGACGAGAGCGAUUUUGGAUUCUCCGAUUCCGCGGACGAUAGAGGAGCUAAGGCGAAACGGAGAAAGACGACACUGAGUACAGUCGAGGAAGACACUCGUUUGCCAAAGUUGAUAGAACUCAAAGAGUUUGUGGCAGCAUUGAGGAGCCUCUCACAUGAUUUACGCCGACUGUCAACGGAGCUGGUGUCGCGCAUCCGCUCUCUAAGAUUCUUUGAGGCAGUGAGGGCCAUUCAGCUCGACACAAUGUCCCGGAAAACAGAGAACGCGAAGCGUUGUCAAUGCUCCCGUUGCGGAAACAAUAACUUCGGACCCUCUCAAGUCUCUGUCCUUUCAGUCUGUGGACACACAGUGUGCAACAAAUGCUGGGAAUCUUUCCACAGCGGUGAGACUUGCAUCGUUCCUGGCUGUGAGGCAAUGGCGAUGAGCUUCCAAAUAAUUAGAGGGACCGAAUUAGGUGAAGAAGAUGCGAACGUUCAGAGCGGACGCCACUAUGGAAGAAAACUGGAAGAAGUCAUCAGACUUAUUGAAGGCACGCCGGAUGAUGAUCAAAUCAUUAUCUUUGUGCAGUAUGAAGAUCUGAUGUGGCGAGUUUCUCAGGCGCUAGAGGAGAACAAGAUCAGUCACUUUGCGAUGCUGGGCCAGAAUGGUAGAAAAGCUGCCGAUAUCAUCACAAAGUUUCAGAACGAUGAAACUCAGUCAAAGAAGAAGGUGCUUGUGAUCAACGUGGCAAACGAAUCUGCCAGCGGCGCAAACUUGACAAACGUAAAUCAUUUGAUAUUCCUGUCGCCCCUUGUAGCCGAAACGCAGUCCAAAUACGAUGCGGUGAUGACUCAGGCGAUUGGUCGGGCCCGCCGGUACGGACAAAAGAAACUGGUUCAUAUCUACCACUUCUUGUCUCUCAAAACAAUCGACGUCAAUGUCUUCCAAACCCGCCAACGUGGAAAGCUUGUCCAAACUGAAGACUCGUAUGAACUCGUAGCUCCCGAGAGCGAUUUGGCAGCUGGAGCAUCUGAGUUGGGUACUGAGGAUUUGGCACGUCUUCGAGCAGCUACUUAUGAUCAGAAUGACCUUUGAUGAGCGGGGAAGAGAGCGAGAUCUGGUUUUGAGAUCUGGUUCAAAUUGUGGAACAUCGGGCGAGCGAAGGUUGAAUAACUGAUGUUUUCCCGGAUGAUAAUUUAAGGUUUUAUCUCGUCAUUUACUAGGGUUUUCUCAUUGAUAUAGUCCAUUCAAUUCCUAUGAACGAACUGUAUUAGCUUGAUAAAAUCUAAGAAUCCAGAAUCUAUUGAUCCCCU